CCUCUUCGCAUCCUACUGCCUCUGAUCAUCUCCAAUUGAGGAAACUUGAACAGCAGCAAAUUAAGGACCUUCGAUAGUGAUGGGAUCAUCCUCAGCAGCCACCGGAUCCGAUGACACAAAGGUUUGCCCUCGCGGCCACUGGAGACCUGGUGAAGAUGAAAAGUUGAGGCAGCUUGUCGAGCAGUACGGUCCUCAGAACUGGAACUCCAUUGCUGAGAAGCUGCAAGGAAGAUCAGGAAAGAGCUGUAGGUUGAGGUGGUUUAACCAACUAGACCCAAGAAUUAACAAGAGACCAUUCACAGAGGAAGAAGAAGAGAGGCUCCUCGCAGCUCAUCACAUUCAUGGAAACAAGUGGGCGUUGAUAGCCCGACUUUUCCCCGGUAGGACUGAUAAUGCUGUGAAGAACCAUUGGCAUGUGGUCAUGGCUCGACGGCACAGAGAGCGAUCGAGGCUCUUCGGCAAGAGAAGUAGUCAUGAUCGAAUCCUCCAUAGCUCCGACAGCACUGCGAAUGGCAUUUUUACUUCAUGCUCAGCGCCUCAAGAGGGAAGUAAUUACUCAAAACACAUCCAAUUUGAUGCUUGUAGACUCUUCGAGUUUGGAAGCUCCACCACCGAUAAGUUCCCUGCGUCACCUUCAUCAUUUUCUUGGGCCUUCUCUGGAUCAACCAUCUCAUCAUCACCUCAAAUAUUUGGUGCUAAGAGACGGGGCUUCUAUAGGUCUAAAUAUAAUUAUAAUGUUCUUGGGAGAUCCCAUUUCCAUGACCUGUCCCUUCGCUCUUCUUAUCAUCCUUACAGGAGUUUCAAUGCAUUGUGUGGCGUCGCAGACCACACCCGGGUGGUUCCUCAAUCUAUCAGGUUCUCCGCCACAAGCGAUGGUUGUGGAAGUGAGGUAAUGAGUGCAACUGAAAUAAUUAGACUUGGGGAUUCUUCAGCUAGAGCAAUGAAUCAUAGAGCCGAUCAUAACCAGCAAGAUGAUGGUGACAGGUCCUUGAAGAAAGGCAAGGAUGUUCCCUUUAUCGAUUUCUUGGGUGUUGGGAUCUCCUCUUGAAUUCGUAAAUUAUCGCAUGCAGAUCUGUACACUUGGAGUUAGGUUAGAUAUCUAAAUUAAGAGAGAUAACCAUGCAUGCUGGCAAUGGUUUUUGUUUGCACUGUUGGUAUCAUGAAAGUUUCAUGGUUCUAUCACGAGCUUGUAUUUAUUCUGAACUGUCAAAACUUCCAGUUCAUUAAUUUAUCGACGCUUUUGAUCUCAUUAAUUU